CCAUCACACCCACUGCCCCUCGGACCACCAACCUCGGGCCGCGCGUCCUCUCCAUCCUCCCGUCUCCUGGUGUGUGUCUCCGUCCUUCUGCCUUCCUUUGGCCUGCCGUUCUCAUCCUCUCUGGCCACCCAUCUCCACAUGUCUCCACCUCUGGCCCAUCUUUCUCCCACCCACCGUUCCAGUCUCAGGUCUCCUCCCAGCCUGGCGGCCCCGUUCAACCUCCUGCGUGCCCCAUGUCGGCCCUCCUGCUCCUCGGGACCCUCCUGCUACUGGCCUCGACUACCGGCCAGGCUGGGGCACGCCCGUCCAACGCCACAAGCCCGGAGCCCCCGGGCCCGCUGCCCGCCCUGCUGGCGCACCUGCGGCGCCUGACUGGGGCGCUGACCGGCGGCGGGGGUGCAGCGGGCCCCGGCACCAACGGCACCAGGACCAGCACCCCGAACGGGGCGGGCGCGGCAGCACGCGCACCCCCUCCCGCCGAGCUCUGCCACGGCUACUACGAUGUCAUGGGCCAGUACGAUGCCACCUUCAACUGCAGCACUGGCUCCUACCGCUUCUGCUGCGGCACUUGCCACUACCGUUUCUGCUGCGAGCACCGCCACAUGCGCCUGGCGCAGGCCUCCUGCUCCAACUACGACACGCCACGCUGGGCCACCACGCCGCCGCCGCUGGCCGGGGGCGCCGGGGGCGCCGGGGGUGCGGGCGGGGGGCCCGGGCCCGGCCAGGCCGGGUGGCUGGAAGGGGGCCGUGGGGGGGGCGCAGGAGGGCGUGGGGGCGAGGGCCCCGGGGGCAGCACGGCCUACGUGGUGUGUGGGGUCAUCAGCUUCGCCCUGGCGGUGGGCGUCGGCGCCAAAGUGGCAUUCAGCAAGGCGUCCCGGGCGCCCAGGGCGCACCGGGAGAUCAACGUGCCCAGGGCUCUGGUGGACAUUCUGAGGCAUCAGGCGGGGCCUGGGGCCCGGCCAGACCGGGCGCGAAGCAGCUCCCUAACCCCGGGGGUCGGGGGUCCAGACAGCAUGCCCCCGAGGACACCCAAGAACCUCUACAACACCGUGAAGCCCUCCAACCUCGACUGGCGAGCCAUCCCGCCGCCCAGCCCCUCCCUGCACUACUCCACCUUGUCCUGCUCUCGGUCCUUCCACAACCUGUCCCAUCUGCCCCCGUCCUACGAGGCCGCUGUGAAAUCUGAACUCAACCGCUACUCCUCUCUCAAGAGACUGGCUGAGAAGGAUCUGGACGAGGCCUACCUGAAGCCCAGGCACGUGGCAGAGGUGCCCCGCGGGACGCUGCCCCUGCACGCUCUUCGGCGACCUGGCACAGGGGGUGGCUAUCGCAUGGAUGGCUGGGGUGGCCCUGAGGAGCUGGGCCUGGCGCCUGCACCCAACCCGCGGCGUGUCAUGUCCCAGGAACACCUGCUGGGCGACGGUGGCCGGGCGCGCUACGAGUUCACACUGCCGCGUGCGCGCCUUGUUUCCCAGGAGCACCUGCUCCUGUCUUCCCCUGAGGCCCUGCGCCAGAGCCGCGAGCACCUUCUGUCGCCCCCACGCAGCCCAGCGCUGCCCCCCGAGCCCACCGCCCGCGCCAGCCUGGCUGCCUCGCACUCCAACCUGCUGCUGGGGCCCGGGGGCCCCCCCACACCGCUGCACGGGCUGCCUCCGCCGCCUGGCCUGCACGCACACCACCACCACGGCCUGCACGGCUCACCGCAGCCCGCCUGGAUGUCAGACGCCGGCGGAGGUGGGGGCACACUGGCCCGCAGGCCCCCCUUCCAGCGCCAAGGCACGUUGGAGCAGCUACAGUUCAUCCCCGGCCAUCACCUGCCCCAACACCUGCGCACUGCCAGCAAGAAUGAGGUGACUGUCUGAGUGUCUGAGGCUGGGCUGGGGACUUGCCGGCCGCAGCCUCCCCGGCCCCCAUCCCAGCCUGCAUCCCCCGACACACUCCAGGGGCCAGAGACCCACAUCUGUGGCGGUGGGGUGGGGGCAAGGGCUGCCUCUAAGGACACUGCUGUGGAUGAAAUCGACAUCAGAGACAAAGCCUCCUUCCACGAUGUCAUGGCAGACAAGAUCCCUCCUCCUGUGUCCCUUUGAGGCCAGGCCUCCUUCCCAUGACGUCCUCACAGAGGAAGAGGCCUGUACGCGAGGUUAUCCCGAGCGAAAUGUCUGGGUUUAUCAUGUAGACAAAACCUCCUCCCCGCAAGGUCGUCACAGAGGACUAGGCCUGCCCUUAGUUCGUCACCGGGGCCAUGUCUGUGUCCCAUGACCUCAUCCCAAGACUUCCUCCUGUGACAUCCUAAAAGGAACAAUGCCUUGUCCUAUGACCUCAUCCUGAGAGACAAAGCUUCCUCCCCGUGAUGUCACUGCACAGACAAACCGCACCUUUAUGGUGUCAUCUCUGGCACCAGAAGGCCUCUGUUGGCAUCAUCAUCACCAGGAGAAUAUUUUCUUCCAGAGAAGAUGCCUCUGUCUAUGAUGUCACCACUACAGACAAAGCCAUCUUCCUGGGACACGUGACAAGGGAAAGCACCUCACCAACUGUGUCCUGAGACAUAAGGCCUCCUCUCUAUGACACCAUCACAGGGACUCUGCUUCCUUCCCGUGAUGCCAUCACCAGAGAGGGUGCCUUGCCCGAUGAUGUCAUCAGAGGGACUGUGCCUCCUCGGUGUCUUCACCACCAGAGAUGACAGCCCGCUUUGGGGAUAUCUCCAGGAUGAGGCCCCUUCUUCAAUGUCGCCACCAGACUCUGCCUGCUCUGAGGUGACGCCCCAGACACCUCCACUGCUGCUGCCAUGUCACAGAAAGGCAGGGCGUGCCCAGAGCCCGUGGCCACCCUGGCACUCACCAGAGAAAGUGCCCUGUCCUAAGAUGUCAAUUGAGGGAUGUCCUCACUGCAGAGGCCGCCCCCUGCCAUCCGCAGAGGUCUCUGCCAGCGAGGACUGUCCGUGGGUUAUUGGCAGCAAGCCUCCACCCCAUCUGAGGCUCUGCCCCAAGGCCAUGACGUCAUCACCAGAGACACCACCUGCUCCAGAAGGCCAUCACUUGUGGUGGCAUGACCAGUUUCUGCCUUCCCCUGACCCCAGGGACAUGCCCUGCAGGAUCUCCACCAGAAACUCCCCUAAAGGGAGGUCUGGCCAUGGGUCCCACCCCUGUGCAGUGAUGCCACCUCCUGUUAGACUCCUAGAGGGCAGCACUCCCAGACUGGCUUCUCCUCCUAAGGCUCACCAGGCUCCAGAGUCCUGGAAUUCAGAGGUGACCAAAAGGCUGGCACCACUUCUCUCUGCCAUAACCACAGACAUCAAUGCCUCUGUAAACAAAGUCCUGGCCUCCUGUUGGGGGGUGGGGGGAGGGAGGGGUAUGCCUGCUAUUGAUCAGGCUGAUGACAUCAUCAGCACCACAAGACUUCCGCCAUUCAUGAUGGCAUCGUACCUGGCGUCAAACGUUAACCAUGCCUGAUGAUGACAUCACUUCCCAGGAUUCCCUAUGACCUGUGGUGUCUUCAUCUCCCAGGAUCCACCACAAGUAGGGUGUCAUUCUCUUCCAGGAUUUACCAUAACUAUAGUGUCACCUUCUCCCAAGGUUUGCUAUAGUCAGUGGUGUUACCAUCUUUCAUGAUUCUCCACAACCAUCGUGUCAGUUCCCAGGAUCCACACCAAAACCACUGUAUCAUCAUUUCCCAGGGUUCACCAUAGUUAAUGGUGUCAUCAUCUCCCAGAAUCCACAUGACCAAUGAUGUCAUUACUUUCUAGAAUCCAUUAUCACUGAUCGUAACAUCUUCUCCUAGGAGCCACCAGGACUGGUGGUGCCACCGUUUCCCAUGGUCCCCCAAAAUUGUGGUGUCAUCAUCUCCCAGGAUCCACUUCAACCAUGAUGUCAUGAUCCAGGAUCCACCACAGCCAUAGUGUCAUCACCUCCCAGGAUUCAAUUCAGCCAUGGUGUCAUGACCUCCCAGCAUCCAUGACAGUCAGUGGUGUCCCAGGACCCAGACACUCAAUAGCAUCAGCACCUCCCAGGGUCCAUGUCAACCAUAGUGUCGUCAUCUUCUGGGAUCCGCCCCAACCAUGACAUCAUCAUCUCCCAGGACCCAUGACACCUAAAAGGGUCAUCAUCCCCCAGGGUCCAUGUCAACCAUGGUGUCAUCAUCUACUGGGUUCUACCCCAACAAUGAUAUCAUCUCCCAGGACCCAGACACUCAAUAGCAUCAGCACCUCCCAGGAUCCAUGUCAACCAUGGCGUCAUCAUCUACCAGGAUCCACUUUAACUUGGUGUCAUCAUCUGUCGGGAUCCAACCUAACUAUGGCAUCGUCAUCCAGGACCCAGUGAUGUCCUCAC